UUGGGUCACCGUCGUGAUGCAUGUACCCAAGAAGGAAUUUCAAGUAUUAGAUUCCCUCUAUGUUCUUCGCAGUUACAUACAUAUCAUUGAAGCAUUGAGAACCGAACUUGCUUAUGACAUAGCAAAAGCAGAUCAUGGUUUUCCUGAUCCUUCAAACUGGCCUAUAAAACAAUACAAAAUGCCAAGACAAAAGGAUGGAAACUCAUGUGGACUUUGGGUCCUAAAAUGUAUGGAAGAAUGGGAUGGAGAUGAAUUUAGAACCACUAUUACACAGACACUCGUUGACUCUACCAGAGAAGUUAUGGUCGGUGAAAUAAUUUUUUCACCUAGUAACGAGCUGGAUAGGGUCAAAGAUAAACUACUCAACCCCAAUGGCGAGGAAGAUGAUGCUUAGGUCCAAGGUCUAGUGGAUAUG